AUGUGUGCAGGAAUACUGGGAGUGGACGUGGGCGGACAUGGCACGCCACGACCUGCCAGCGCAGAUAGACCACAUCCUGGCAGCCUCUCACACGGGAGCGAGGCAGGUGUUCUACGUGGGCCACUCGCAGGUGCGUCCCUUGCUCCUUGCAGUGUGCGUCCCUUCCCUUGCUCCUUGCAGGUGCGUCCCUUGCUCCUUGCAGGUGCGUCCCCUUGCUCCUUGCAGGUGCGUCCCUUCCCUUGCUCCUUGCAGGUGCGUCCCUUGCUCCUUGCAGGUGCGUCCCUUGCUCCUUGCAGUUCCACCCACCUUCCUCACGCUGCUGUGCCACCGUAUGCCGUUGUGCUGCCGUGUGACUGGUCCUCUGUGCUGGUGUGCUUCUGUGCACCAGCACAUCGCCACUUCAUGGGCACGCUCACCUUCCUCUCCGCCCUCACUGCGGGUUACCUGCCACCCGCCACCAUCGCUGCUGCGUUCCUUCUCGCCCCUGUUACCUCCCUGGCACACCUCUCUUCACCCAUCGCCCACGAGGCAGCCAAGCUUGAUUUAGAUCGGGUCAUCUGCAUGCAUCAUGUCUCUUCCACCCUCUAUGCCAACACUGGAGCGCUUCCACACUCUCUCCUCUCCCCGCUGCUCCUCAUCUAUCCUCUCCCCGCUGCUCCUCAUCUCUCCUCCCUCGUCAGCUCUCCCUUCUCCUCGCCCCUCUACGUCGCCCUUCUCUCGCCGUUCUCCUUCUCCCUCCCCCUCUCCGCCCCUCUCUCCUCCCCCUCUCUUCCAUCUCCUCCAGCUGGUGAGAGCAACGCGCCUGCACGAGUUCAGCCUGCGCAAGUGAGUGCUGCGAGGGGAGUGCUGCGAGGGGAGUGCUGCGAGGGGAGUGCUGCGAGGGGAGUGCUGCAAGGGGAGUGCUGCAAGGGGAGUGCUGCAUGCACCUCUCCACGUGGCACCUCUCCACGUGGCACCUCUCCACAUGGCACUCCUCCAUGUGCAACUCACUUAGCAGCGCGCGACCUCGCAUGCCCCUCUUGUGCCUCCCCUUCUUGUGGGCAUGCCCUGGGCGAGCUGGUGGUUGCCAGUGCCUGCGCCUCUCCUCGUAUCAACUGCUCCUCCCUGCUCUCCGCAUUCACAGGCAUGCACCCCACCACCUCACCACCACCCCAUUAA